ACGAGGCAUAUAAAUAUUCACACACACUCAACGGUAAACCGAUGAGCUGCAAGAAGAAGCUCUAAGUGAGAGACCAGCAUCAUUCCAGCUUAACAAUAAAAUGGGAGAUUGGUUAGGAUUCUCGCUCACUCCACACAUUAGCAUAGUCGACGCCGACCACACCGCCGCCGCCGGAGAAAACGACGACGCCACCGCCGCCGAAGAUCACAGUUUCCUGCCACCCUGCACCACCACCCCCAUUUUCUCUCAUUCUCUCGACUCUCUGGAGGACUCUUUUAGACCCUCUCCUUCACCUCCUCAACCAGAGUGGAGAUAUGAUAAUAGAGAAGAUCCCAAGCUAGAAGAUUUUCUAGGCUCUUGUUACUCAACUUCACCUCCUCAUCAAACCCAUCUCGUUGAGCACGAAUCAAAAGUUACUUAUUCAUCGCUAGACCAAAUCAACAACAAUUUCAACAUUAAUAUUCCCCCGAAUAAUCUCGAAAACAUUCACUAUAAUUACCAGCGUUAUCAGUAUUACCCCAACACCUACUUCCCCCAAAAUGUGCAAACACAGCCAUGUCAAUUUCAAGCACAAGCCCAGCUUGUCGAAUCCUCGGCCACUCUGUCUCGCUUCAAGUCCUGGCUUAGACAGACACAGUGCCAGAAGUCUGAGGAUGGUGGUGUCAAUGAGGGAAGUCCUGUUAAGGCUUUGGCUCUCACUAUUAAGCCGAGUUCUCCGAGUGGCUUUGCGGUUUCGCAGUCCAGAGAGAUUGUGGCGGUGGAUCAGACGAGGAAGCGAGGGGCCGGGAAGUCGAAUAGGGAAGUUGUGCCCAGGAAAUCUAUUGAUACGUUUGGACAGAGGACCUCGCAGUAUCGCGGUGUCACGAGGCAUCGUUGGACGGGGAGGUAUGAAGCUCAUUUAUGGGAUAAUAGUUGUCGAAAAGAAGGGCAAACAAGAAAAGGAAGGCAAGUUUAUCUUGGUGGUUAUGAUAAAGAAGAGAAAGCUGCGAAAGCUUAUGAUUUAGCUGCUUUGAAGUAUUGGGGUCCAACUACUCACAUCAAUUUCCCUAUAAGCAUUUAUGAGAAAGAGCUUGAAGAGAUGAAGAACAUGACUAGACAAGAAUUUGUUGCCAACUUAAGAAGGAAAAGUAGUGGGUUUUCAAGAGGGGCCUCUGUCUACAGAGGAGUCACCAGGCAUCAUCAACAUGGAAGGUGGCAAGCGAGAAUAGGAAGGGUUGCGGGCAACAAAGACUUGUACCUUGGCACCUUCAGCACACAAGAAGAGGCUGCAGAGGCGUAUGACAUUGCUGCAAUUAAGUUCCGGGGAACUAGUGCAGUGACCAAUUUUGAUAUUGGUAGGUAUGACGUGAAGAGGAUUUGCUCAAGUUCAACUCUCAUCGCAGGUGAUCUUGCCAAGCGGUCCUCAAAAGAGUCGCCUAAUCGCCUAGAGGAUUACAAUUCUUGUGCAUCUUCGUCUUCCCCUCAGCCCCUGCUAGCCAUAACCAAUGGUAAACAAUCUGAAGAACUAACCAACAUGAUCUGGAGUAAUGACAAUGGCGGGUAUCCGCAAAUCACGGAUGUAAGGACUAAUAUGAGUGCAGAUCCCUUAAGUGCUCAUAGCAGUCCAAACGAGAACGGUGGUUCAAGCUCGAAUGGAAUGGAGGUCGAGUUGAGAGAUGGAUCAGGAGCAGCCGAUUAUUCGCAGGCGUAUUUCUCAACACUACAGGGGCCUAAGUUUUCUGAUGGAGCAAAUGCAAGUGAUCAUGAUCCUAAUCGGCUGGGAAACAUGGCCUUGGUUAAUCAGGUUCCAAUGUUUGCUCUGUGGAACGAGUGAAGUGUGCUUCCAUGGAGAGAGUGACUUUUAACUUAGCUAAGUGUUAACAAUUAUCAAAUUUUGGUGAUGUUUCGAACUGUUAUUGCGGGCAGCGUUAUAGUUGCUUAGGCUAAUUGCGGGGAAGUGAUAUUUUAACAUUAGAAUCGAAUGGUUAAGGUGUAUUAUUUUAUGCAAUACACAUCCACUUUAUAAGUCA